AUGGAUGAGUCUGAUCCCUAGACUCAAGUUAGAUCAUCUGAAAUGAUCUAGGAUUUGGAAUUCACUGUGGAAUUACUUAAGAUUUACUACGAUAAAGCUUUCCCAUACGACAAGAUGUUCGAUUGGCUUUCAUAUUUCAAGGUUAGCAAGAAGCAGAAUAGGUUACAGUCAUUGGAAGAUGGAGUAGACUCAGAGUAUUUCUACAACAGAGAGUUUUCCUUCACUCUUGAGAAUGAUGUUUACUGUAGGUACCUUUGCUUUAAGAACCCUACUGACCUAAAGGAUGCUCUUGUCUCUAGAACUCCACAUAAAAUCGAUAUUGGGGCAAUUUUCAACAUUCCGCCAAAAAAUCAUUUGAUUACAGAAAAGAAGGUGUUCAUUCCUCUAGAGAAGGAAAUGGUGUUUGAUAUCGAUAUGACUGACUAUGAUAAUGUUAGAACAUGCUGCACUGGAGCUAAAGUUUGCAAAAAAUGCUGGGCUUACAUGGCUUGUGCCACUUAAGUUAUCAAUAAUGUCCUCACUCAAGAUUUUGGAUUUUCAUCUUUACUCUGGGUUUUCUCUGGUCGUAGAGGUAUCCAUUGCUGGAUAGGUGAUGAAAGUGCAAGAUAGAUGACAAAUGAGAUGAGAUCUGCAGUCACAGAGUAUCUCUUCCUUGCAACUGGCAAUGAGAUGGGUGGUGGCUUUGAUUUGGGAUACCCUCUUCACCCAAUGCAUCAGAGAGCUUACAAGUUUUUAAGCAAGAGAUUUGAAUAGAUCGUUAUCAUUGACCAGGAUUUGCUAGCUCACGAAGCUCAUCAGAAGAAAUUCCUUAAGCUAUUGCCUUAGAAUGUGGCUAAUGAACUUCAAUCUAGAAUGAACAGAGCUUAAACAAGUUAGGAAAAAUGGAAGUUAUACAAGGACACCCUAGAUAAAUUACAUGCUUCAGGAAAGACUGCAAGUUAAAAGCAUGAUCCAAUUAUGAUCAAGUUGGUGUUCACCUAUCUGUAUCCAAGAAUCGAUGCUAAUGUCAGUAAGGGCAUAAACCAUUUGCUCAAGUCGCCUUUCUGUAUCCAUCCUAAAACAGGCAAGGUCUGUGUUCCAUUUGACCCCAUGACAGUCGACAAUUUCGAUAUUCAAAAUGUCACAACUCUUUCCAAAGUAAUAAAUGAUAUCGGGAAUAGCAAGGAUGGAAGUAUCCCUUGUCUCAAGGAAUCUUUAGCCGUGUUCCAAACAUUCCUUAAUAAACUCAAAGCAGACUCAUAGAAUGAACUCAAAAAAUAUAAAGAAAAAGAGCAAAGUACAGAUUUCUGA